CACGGCCGACCGAAUCGGCAUAGUCUUCUCCAACCUUCAGCCGAGUGCCAAGUCCUGUUUUCCCCCCAAGUGCAGCCAGCCCAAAGAAUCGGAAAAUAUGAAUCUGUUUGUAGUGCUGGUGGUUGUAUCUAUGUUCUCGAAUCUUAUCCAGGCAGCGCCAAGCGUGGAUAUUUCCAACGAUGAGUUAAUGGAUGGGAAAUAUUUGUGCGAAGCUGGCUCAAAAAAGUAUGAUGGACCAUUUUUUGUCAGAUUAAUUUCUGCUGCCAAUGGGCAAACAGUCGUUUGCUACGAGUGCAGUCAGUCGGAUUUCAAAACCAAAUUCAACAUUAAACCGUGCACCGAUCGAUUUAUGCCCGGGAAGAUCGUCGGCAACCAUCACCGGGAGAUAGUGCCAUACCUCGUCCGCAUGGAUCCGAUGUACAACAAGGACACCUGGAGCAGUAAGCUCAAGAGGAACUUUGACGAGAUCGACAAGGCAUCGGCCAGCUUCAGCAUAUUAAACCAGCUUGUCUAGUGACCCGUCGACUGAACAUUUGCAAAUUCUCACGGACUCCGACUCCAAAACCGACACCGACACCGACCGACUCACGGAUAUACUCCUCCUUAAAUGCUUCAUGUCAAGGGAUAAUAGAUUAUAGAUAAUAAAGAAAGUGCAUCCUCAUACCUAUAAUGAAUAAAACGACUAUAAUUGUUA